AGCUGAAGCACAGAACAGAACACAUCCACAAAAUGAUGAAACUUUUCGUUGUUGUAUUAUUGGCCACAUUGGCUAUUGCUAAGGCUAGUCCACCCUGUUUGGGUUGCCCAUCUGCAGUUGGUGAUGAAAAAGGUACCAGCGAUGCUACAAAUGCUCUUAAGAAUUCUUUGGCAAAAUUGGCAGCCGGUGAUGGUCCUCAUUACACGCUUGGUGAGGUCCACUCAGCCACCACCCAAGUUAUUCAGGGUUUCCUGUAUAAAAUUAAUGCCGAUUUAGUCGACGAACACAAGAAGACAAAAACCUGUGAUAUUGACAUUAUUGAUUUCAAUGAUGUAACCGUUACCUUCCAUUGUCCCGGCGAAGAACCAUUGACCAAGAAACAUAGCUCGUAAAGUGAUUUAAUUAAUAAAAAAUAAAAACUUAUUAAAAACAGUAUAUGCA